AGAAGACCUAGUAAUUACAAUCUUGCUCCUCCGCCGCUGUUGUGGACUAUUUUCUCUCAGUUGGAGCGGUACUUUUGAGUUUCUGCUUUCACCUAGGGAAUCCACGCCAGCUGAUUCAGCUCGCUCCCCAAGGGAUGAAGGCUUCCUAGGAUUUGGUCUAAUACGAGGCAUACGAGGCUAGGAGGGACAUACUGCGGAGGGAUCCGGUUUGUUGUGGUGUGGAGGGAGCGGGAGGGGGGAAGAGGCUGACAAACUAAGAUGGCUGCGGUAGCGAUGAGGGCCGCCGCGAUGGGGAGCUAACUGGCGGUGAAGGCUGCGGUAGUUGGGAGUCAUUGGCACAGUUUGGAAGGAAAGGAGUGGAACGAAGAGGCGGUAGCAGUAGCGGCAGCCUGAGACUCUCAGAACACGGCAGCCACACGCCCCCUAGGCCCUCGGCGGGCGGCGGCCGCCCUGCUUAGGGCCUAGUCCCCGAGCAGUGCCUUGGCUUCAGACAGCGGCGGCGCCAUGAGUCCUUAAGGGCGGUCCGAGCCCUCCUGAUACUUGGCCCAGCUGUAGGGCCCACCAUGGAGCCAGGGUCCGACGACUUCCUACCGCCGCCGGAGUGCCCGGUGUUCGAGCCCAGCUGGGCCGAGUUCCGAGACCCGCUUGGCUACAUCGCGAAAAUCAGGCCCAUUGCGGAGAAGUCGGGCAUUUGCAAGAUCCGCCCACCCGCGGACUGGCAGCCACCCUUUGCUGUGGAAGUAGACAACUUCAGGUUUACCCCCAGAAUCCAGAGGCUGAAUGAACUAGAGGCCCAGACAAGAGUGAAGCUGAACUACUUGGAUCAGAUUGCCAAAUUCUGGGAAAUCCAGGGCUCCUCCUUAAAGAUUCCCAAUGUAGAACGGCGGAUCUUGGACCUCUACAGCCUCAGCAAAAUCGUGGUGGAGGAAGGUGGUUAUGAAGCCAUCUGCAAGGACCGUCGGUGGGCCCGUGUGGCCCAGCGCCUCAACUACCCACCAGGGAAAAACAUUGGCUCCCUGCUGCGUUCCCACUAUGAACGCAUCAUUUAUCCCUAUGAGAUGUACCAGUCUGGAGCCAACCUUGUGCAGUGUAACACACGUCCAUUUGAUAAUGAGGAGAAGGACAAGGAAUACAAACCCCACAGCAUCCCCCUUCGACAGUCUGUGCAGCCUUCCAAGUUCAACAGCUAUGGCCGGCGGGCCAAGAGAUUGCAGCCUGAUCCGGAACCCACAGAGGAAGACAUUGAAAAGAAUCCAGAGCUGAAGAAGCUACAGAUCUAUGGGGCCGGUCCCAAGAUGAUGGGCCUGGGCCUCAUGGCCAAGGAUAAGACUCUGCGGAAGAAAGAUAAGGAAGGGCCUGAGUGUCCCCCCACUGUGGUGGUGAAGGAGGAGCCUGGAGGGGAUGUGAAGGUGGAGUCAACCUCACCUAAGACCUUCCUGGAGAGCAAGGAGGAGCUGAGUCACAGCCCAGAGCCCUGCACCAAAAUGACGAUGAGACUGCGGAGGAACCACAGCAAUGCCCAAUUUAUCGAGUCAUAUAUAUGCCGGAUGUGUUCCCGAGGGGAUGAAGAUGACAAGCUCUUGCUAUGUGAUGGCUGUGAUGACAACUACCACAUUUUCUGCCUGCUGCCUCCUCUACCUGAGAUCCCCAAGGGUGUCUGGCGGUGCCCAAAGUGUGUCAUGGCGGAGUGUAAGCGGCCCCCUGAAGCCUUUGGCUUUGAGCAGGCUACCCGGGAAUACACUCUGCAGAGCUUUGGCGAGAUGGCUGACUCCUUUAAAGCUGACUACUUCAACAUGCCCGUGCACAUGGUGCCCACAGAACUUGUGGAGAAAGAGUUCUGGCGGCUGGUGAAUAGCAUUGAAGAAGAUGUGACUGUUGAGUAUGGGGCUGACAUCCAUUCCAAAGAAUUUGGCAGUGGUUUCCCUGUCAGUGACAGUAAGCGGCAUCUAACUCCUGAGGAGGAGGAGUAUGCUACCAGUGGUUGGAACCUGAAUGUUAUGCCGGUGUUGGAGCAGUCUGUACUGUGCCACAUCAAUGCAGAUAUCUCAGGCAUGAAGGUGCCCUGGCUCUAUGUGGGCAUGGUCUUCUCAGCAUUUUGCUGGCAUAUUGAAGAUCACUGGAGUUACUCCAUUAACUACCUCCACUGGGGUGAGCCAAAGACCUGGUAUGGGGUACCCUCGCUUGCAGCUGAACAUUUGGAAGAAGUGAUGAAGAAGCUGACACCUGAGCUGUUUGAUAGCCAGCCUGACCUCUUGCACCAACUUGUCACCCUCAUGAAUCCCAACACCCUCAUGUCCCAUGGUGUGCCGGUUGUCCGCACAAACCAGUGUGCAGGAGAAUUUGUUAUCACCUUCCCCCGUGCUUACCACAGUGGCUUCAACCAAGGCUACAACUUUGCUGAGGCUGUCAACUUUUGCACUGCUGACUGGCUGCCUGCUGGGCGCCAGUGCAUUGAGCACUACCGCCGGCUCCGCAGAUACUGCGUCUUCUCCCAUGAGGAGCUCAUCUGCAAGAUGGCUGCCUGCCCAGAGAAGCUGGACCUGAACCUGGCAGCAGCUGUGCAUAAGGAGAUGUUCAUCAUGGUGCAAGAAGAGCGGCGUCUACGAAAGGCCCUGCUGGAGAAGGGCAUCACGGAGGCUGAACGAGAGGCUUUUGAGCUGCUCCCAGAUGAUGAGCGCCAGUGCAUCAAGUGCAAGACCACUUGUUUCUUAUCAGCCCUGGCCUGCUAUGACUGCCCAGAUGGCCUCGUCUGCCUUUCCCACAUCAAUGACCUCUGCAAGUGCUCUAGUAGCCGGCAGUACCUGCGGUAUCGGUAUACCUUAGAUGAACUGCCUGCCAUGCUCCAUAAGCUGAAGGUUCGGGCUGAGUCCUUUGACACCUGGGCCAACAAAGUGCGAGUGGCUCUGGAGGUGGAGGAUGGGCGGAAGCGCAGCCUUGAAGAGCUGAGAGCACUAGAGUCUGAGGCCCGUGAGCGAAGAUUUCCUAACAGUGAGCUGCUACAACGACUGAAGAACUGCCUGAGUGAAGCAGAGGCUUGCGUGUCCCGGGCUCUGGGACUGGUCAGCGGCCAGGAAGCUGGCCCCUACAGGGUGGCUGGUCUACAAAUGACCCUGGCUGAGCUCCGGACCUUUCUGGACCAGAUGAACAACCUGCCUUGUGCCAUGCACCAGAUUGGGGAUGUCAAGGGUUUUCUGGAACAGGUGGAAGCAUACCAAACUGAAGCCUGUGAGGCCUUGGCCUCACUGCCCUCUAGUCCAGGGCUGCUGCAGUCCCUGUUGGAGAGGGGGCAGAGGCUGGGGGUAGAGGUACCUGAGACCCAGCAGCUCCAAAGGCAGGUGGAACAAGCGCGAUGGCUGGAUGAGGUGAAACGCACGCUGGCCCCCUCAGCCCGAAGGGGCACCCUGGCUGUCAUGCGGGGACUGUUGGUUGCGGGCGCCAGUGUAGCCCCUAGCCCUGCUGUGGAUAAGGCCCGGGCUGAGUUGCAGGAGCUGCUGACCAUAGCUGAACGCUGGGAGGAGAAGGCCCAUCUCUGUCUGGAGGCCAGGCAGAAGCAUCCACCGGCCACUCUGGAGGCCAUAAUCCGUGAGGCAGAAAACAUCCCUGUUCACCUGCCCAACAUCCAGGCUCUCAAGGAGGCUCUUGCUAAGGCCCGGGCCUGGAUUGCUGAUGUGGAUGAGAUCCAAAAUGGUGACCACUAUCCCUGCUUGGAUGACUUGGAAGGCCUGGUGGCUGUGGGCCGGGACUUACCCGUGGGGCUGGAGGAGCUGAGACAGCUAGAGCUGCAGGUACUGACAGCACACUCGUGGAGGGAGAAGGCCUCCAAGACCUUCCUCAAGAAGAAUUCUUGCUACACGCUGCUGGAGGUUCUUUGCCCAUGUGCAGACGCUGGCUCAGACAGCACCAAACGAAGCCGGUGGAUGGAGAAGGAGUUGGGGUUGUACAAAUCUGACACAGAGCUGCUGGGGCUGUCUGCGCAGGACCUCAGGGACCCAGGCUCUGUGAUUGUGGCCUUCAAGGAGGGGGAACAGAAGGAGAAGGAGGGUAUCCUGCAGCUGCGUCGCACCAACUCAGCCAAGCCCAGUCCACUGUCAUCGUUGACCACAGCUUCCUCUGCAACCUCCAUCUGUGUGUGUGGGCAGGUGCCGGCUGGGGUGGGAGCUCUGCAGUGUGACCUAUGUCAGGACUGGUUCCAUGGGCGAUGUGUAUCGGUGCCGCGCCUCCUCAGCUCCCCGAGGUCCAGUCCCAUCUCAUCCCCACUACUGGCCUGGUGGGAGUGGGACACCAAAUUCCUGUGUCCACUGUGCAUGCGCUCACGGCGCCCACGCCUAGAGACCAUCCUGGCACUGCUAGUAGCCCUGCAGAGACUGCCUGUGCGGCUGCCUGAGGGUGAAGCUCUACAGUGCCUCACAGAGAGGGCCAUCAGCUGGCAAGGCCGUGCCAGGCAGGCUCUGGCCUCUGAGGAUGUGACUGCCUUGUUGAGACGGCUGGCUGAGCUUCAUCAGUUGGUGCAAGCUGAACCCAGGCUGGAGGAACCCCCUACCUAUCCUUCAGUUCCUGCUUCUGACCCUCUCAGAGAGGGCAGCGGCAAGGAUAUGCCUAAGUCUCCUUUGACCCUGCCUCCCUGCCAUUCUGCAUCUGAACCCAGGCCGGAGGAACCCCCCACCUACCCUUCAGUCCCUGCCUCUGACCCUCUCAGAGAGGGCAGUGGCAAGGAUAUGCCUAAGGUCCAGGGGUUGCUAGAAAACGGAGACAGUGUGACCAGUCCUGAGAAGGUAGCCCUGGGGGAGGGCUCAGGUAAGAGAGACUUGGAGUUGCUGUCCUCGCUGUUACCACAGUUGACUGGGCCCAUGUUGGAGCUGCCUGAGGCAACCCGGGCCCCCCUGGAAGAGCUCAUGAUGGAGGGGGACCUGCUUGAGGUGACUCUGGAUGAGAACCACAGCAUCUGGCAGCUUCUACAGGCUGGGAAGCCUCCUGACUUGGAGCGGAUCCGCACACUUUUGGAGCUGGAGAAGGCAGAGCAUCAUGGGAGUCGGGCACGGGGCCGGGCCCUGGAGAAGCGGCGGCGGAGGAAGGUGGAUCGGGGUGGGGAGGGUGAUGACCCAGCCCGAGAGGAGCUAGAGCCAAAGAGGGUACGGAGCUCAGGGCCAGAGGCUGAGGAGGCCCAGGAGGAAGAAGAGCUGGAGGAGGAGACUGGGGGUGAGGGUCCCAUCCCUCCCCUCCCCACCACUGGCAGCCCCAUCCCCCAGGAGAACCAGAAUGGCUUGGAGCCGGGGCUAGCGGCCAGUUCAGGCUUCUCUGCCACUUUCUCCACUCUGACUCCCCAGCUGCAUAUGGCCAGCUCACAACAGCCGCCUCAGCAACAGUUGUGACAGUGGCUGAGCCUAGAACAGACCCCCCCUUGGCCUCAAGGAUCCUUUCUCUGACCAUCAAGCCUGCUUCCUGGGAGGUGGGCAGGUGGGCUGGGGGGAUGGCCACUCCCCCAGCCUACCACCGAAGUCCUUUGACUUUCGUAUUCUGACUCCAAGGUAUCGUUCAGACCUCAGCUCCUGGGGGCCGGCCCCUGGAGUCCCCCUCCCUGGUAGCCUCUAACCAGCAUUCCCAGACACCUGAGGCAGAUCAAUGGAUGGGUAGGUGGGCAGGGUGGGUGGCAGAGGCCGUGCCAGCACCAUUCCAGAGACAGGGCCAGUGCAUAUGCAAGCUGGGGAAUCUCCUCUCCCUUCUCUUCCCUGGUUCCAGCCCUGGCCGGCUAUGUUACACUAACCUUGCUUCCCUCUUUCUCUUCCCUCCCCCAUUCUCUUCCCUCUCCCUUCUCCUCCCUUCCCCUGACUGUUCCACCCAGGAGGAGGAAACUUCACAUAGCUGUGCUCACAGUUUUUUUUUAUUUUAAAUAAAUUUGGUUGAGGAGUUGAACAUAACAGGGCUCCCUGUAAUCUGAAGAAAGCUUUUGGUGCUUGUCCUCACAACCACCUCAGCCCUCCCUCCCGGUCUUCCCCUGUCUCCUUUCCUCCUCCUGGGUUCAUGUUGUAAUAAAAGAAGAUUGUUGGUGUGUAAUUAAUUUGUUCAAAAGAAAAAAAGCAAAAGAAGCUUGGUUUCAA